AUGGAAACUACAGAAAUUGGAAGUCACACAACUUGUGUCAUCACCUCUACCGAAUUCGAUAAAAUAUUUUACCUUGAAACCCCAAAUUUUCGUUUUCAUUGCGACUCUGAAAUCGUAGAAUACGACAAUUCAUCCAUUUUUGUGCAAAAAUUAACUUGGGGAAUCGAAAAUGGUUGCUCCCAUUUUCUGAUGUCAUUGGAUUGCGUUCCACAAUUCCUUGAAUUGUUCAUUAAAACACAUUUUUACUCCGAAGUGAAAUACGAGAAGAAAGUUCUCGUCAUCCUGGGCGACGAUAUUGAAAUUUUGAAUGCUACUGUCAUCGUUCAAGAAAUUCCGUUAACGUUACUGUUGAAAGAACCAGAAUUAAAUGGAAAUUUCGACGAAAGUGCUUCAAUAGAGAUUUUUUCGACAUUUCCUUUUUCGCAAAUGGGAAAAUUACGAAACAAAUUAUUUUUGGUGAACGAAACAUUUUUGAGGGAUGAAAAACUUGUUCCUGAAAUUUUGGAUCUCGAUGGUUAUCCGGUCAAUGCUGGUUUUAUUCAUAUCCCGCCAUUUGCGUCAGGGUACCGGGUGCCUCCAGGUACGGGAAAUGCGCUCACCUACGGCACCAAUGAGCCUUUUUCCACAGAUUUGGGCGGCACUGAAGGAAUUUUGCUGAUGGAAUUUUGUAAAAAGUUCAAUUGCACGCUUUACGUGCAUUUCGACUAUCACGAGACGCUUUGGGGCGAAAUUUAUCCCAAUAUGACGGGACGUGGGGUACUUGCUGACAUCGCUACGAACAAAAUGCAACUGGCAGCUGGCGAUUUUUACGUCGUGCAUAAUCGGAACCCGUACAUGCGGUAUUCGACGAUGAUGCAAUUGUCGACAGUGCCGCAUGCCGUACCCAAACCGAUGCCUCUGCCUUAUUGGUACAUCCCAAUUUUGCCAUUUACGACCGCAGCAUGGCUUUGUUUCCUCGCCUCGUUGUUUGUGGGCGCUUAUGCGUUGCUGGCACUCGAUCGGGCACGCUCCAAAGUUUUCCCGUACUCCGAAAUCCGACAUCAAAGUGGCGUCGACGCAUUUUUGGCAGUUUUGAAAAUUAGCGUAAAUCAAGGCAUCACGAUAAUUUCGAAUGUCAGCUCGAGUCUCAUCAUGUAUGCGACUUUUAUGAUUUACGCGCUCACUUUGGGAAGUUUUUACAUUGGGGGACUCUCCAGUUUGAUGACUGUCAUGCCAACCGAAAGCCCAAUCAACACAAUUGCGAAACUCGUGCAGACCAGUUAUCAUUGGGGCACGACUUCCAACACGUAUCUCUUUCCGAUUCAGCAUUCGACGGACCCGGCUUUCGUUAUUUACGCGAAAAACUUCAAAACUUAUCCCGUGGCGAAGUAUCAUGCGCUCGUGAAGCAAUUCAAGGCAGCUGUUCUCGUCGAAACGAUGCAAGGAGGCACGUUAUGCUACCAAGACUACAUCGAUAAAAACGACUCGAAAUUCCUGAUGAUCAUGAAGGAGCCGCUUUACACGUCAUACACGGCGCCAAUUUCGACAAAAACCUGGCCUUACAUGGAGCAACUCAACCGCAUUGUUUUCAUGCAAGUCGAAAGUGGCAUCGGGACUUAUUGGGAGUACCGGUCUGCCGAGCAAACUGUCGAUGCGGAAAUUCAGAAUAAUUUGAUGGAAAAUUCGAGGAAAGUGGCGAAUCCGGAACCAGUUAAAUUGACAAUUUCGCACAUUUUGGGACCGCUUUUUCUCUUGCUUUUCGGGAUGGUUUUUGGGUUGGUGGCUUUUAUAGCGGAGAAUCUGUGGGGAAAUGACAAAAAAUUAUUAAAAGUGGUUCAGAAGAAAUUUACAGCAGUUUUGAGGGUCGUUCAAGGUGAACUUUGA